AUGAAGGACGGUGAGAUAAUAGAUCCUGUGGAGGGGUCAAGUGAUAAGACUGAUGAUCACAUCUCUUAUGAACACACGGAGAAGAGGCUUGGACACCAGGACUUGGAAGGUCGUGGGCCAAAUAACCUCAAUGCGGUCUUCCAAAACCCUUUGGCAGGUAUCCCUCGUGAGCAAUUAUUCAAAGAUGUCGAAGAAUUCUGCAUAAAAUUCGAUCUGCUGGAUGAUCUCGAAACCUUUAAGAAAGGGGCCUUGGCUUCACAAAGUCCUGAAACGGCAACACAGUUGAGCGAUCUCGACGAGGGAGAAAGGGAAGCCCUCAUUCGAGAACAUACGCACAAGUGGCAUCAACCAUGGCAGCUAUACUGGCUCGCAAUUAUGUGCUCCCUAGCUGCUGCGGUGCAGGGAAUGGAUGAGACAGUCAACAAUGGUGCCCAGGCUUUUUACCUGAAGCGAUUUGGAAUAGAAAACAGCGAUAAUCUUACCGGUCUUGUCGUCGGAGCCCCAUACCUAGCCUGUGCUAUUCUCGGCUGCUGGCUCACCGAGCCCCUCAACCGAUACCUCGCGCGUCGCGGUACAAUCUUCAUCUUCUGCCUCAUCGCAGCUAUCGCCUCAAUCUGGGAAGGCGUCGCCAACUCAUGGGUAAACUUAUUCAUUGCGCGUUUUGUGCUCGGAUUAGGAAUUGGCUCGAAAUCCACCACGGUGCCUAUCUAUGCAGCCGAAUGCUCGCCGGCUCCUAUUCGAGGCGCAUUAGUGAUGAUGUGGCAGAUGUGGACUGCAUUCGGUAUCAUGCUGGGUAAUAUCAUGGGCGUUGCCUUCAUGAGUGUCGGGAAUGACCUCAACUGGCGUCUUAUGCUGGGAUCUACCGUGGUCCUUCCCUUGAUUGUCUGUGCUCAGGUCUAUGUCUGUCCUGAGUCGCCCAGAUGGCUCAUUCAGCACGGCAAGAUCCACAAGGCCUAUGUGAAUUUCAAGAUUCUUCGUCCUACAGAGCUGCAGGCAGCACGGGAUCUGUACUAUGCAUAUGUGGGCGUGGAACUCGAGCGCGAGAUCAACAAGGGAAAGAACUUUUUCUCGAUGUUCUUGGAGCUUUUUACUGUACCGCGGAACCGUCGGGCCACGCUGGCUAGCUGGAUUGUCAUGUUUAUGCAGCAGUUCUGCGGCGUCAACGUGAUCGCCUACUAUUCCACGACCAUCUUUGUAGAUUCCGGCUACAGUACCUCGUCUGCAUUGCUUGCAUCCAUGGGCACGGGCAUUCUCAACUGGGUUUUCGCUUUGCCAGCCGUGUUUACUAUCGAUACCUGGGGUCGCCGCAAUCUUCUGCUCUUCACGUUCCCCUUCCUAGCCAUCUUCCUCCUCCGGGCGGGCUUCUCGUUUUGGAUCGAUGCCAAUGAUGGCCACAAGCGGAUUGCUAUGGUGACCACGGGCAUGUAUUUGUUUGAGGUCUUUUAUUCGCCGGGUGAAGGACCUGUUCCGUUUACCUACUCCGCCGAGGCAUUCCCUCUGCACGUCCGAGAAGUGGGCAUGUCAUGGGCCACUGCUACAACUUGGUGCUUCAACUUUAUUUUAUCCUUUACCUGGCCACAUCUUUUGACAUCAUUUAAGCCGCAAGGUGCCUUUGGAUGGUAUGCUGGCUGGUGUGUCAUUGGCUGGUUCCUGGUUUUGCUUUUUGUUCCGGAGACAAAAGCUCUUACCUUGGAGGAGUUGGAUCAGGUAUUCUCCGUAUCUACGAGGAAGCAUGCUGCGUACCAAAUUCGGAACUGUGCCUGGCAUUUCCGGGUGUGGAUUCUCCGCCAGAAAUUAGCGCCUCUGCCUAAGUUUUAUCAAGGAGCUGAACAUCUUGCUGAAGUUGGUGACACCAUGUCAAAAUAG